AUGGAUGGCUCUGGGGACCAAUGCCUCAUUUUGAAUAUUACUGCCAAUAAUGGAAUUUAUCUAGGUGACAAUCCUUUCAACGAACCUCUACCUAACUUCAUCACCCAACUCGCCGCUAUCUUAAUCACCACUCGCUUUCUUUACCACCUUUUCAAACCCUUACAUCAACCUCGAAUCGUCUCCGAAGUUCUCGGUGGUCUAUUGUUAGGUCCUUCGGCAUUAGGGAACACAAAUUACUUUGCCGAUUUGUUUCCAACAAACAACGUUGUUACAUUGGAAACCUUUGCACAAAUGUCGCUUGUUCUUCACAUGUUCUUGGUUGGCUUAGAGCUCGACCUGAGUUCGAUUGGUCGGAUAAACAAGAAGGCAAUGACUCUUGUUGUAAUAGGGCUGUUUCUUCCCUUCAUGGUGUGGCUUGUCUUCUUUUAUCUAUUGCAUGGAUCUUUCGCACAAGAUGAACAACGAGAUUACAAUGAGAAAUGCGACUUUUUAUGGGCGGGGACACUAACCGUCACGAGUUUUCAGGCCGUGAAUCGGAUUUUAUCUGAUCUCAAGCUACUCAACUCCGAAAUCGGGCGGUUGGCGAGACCAAUCGCCCUAAUUAGCGACUUGGGUUCUUGGAUUCUUACGGUUAUGUUGAUCCCAUUUUGUGCUAACUCCGUGAAGGCUCCAUUUGUUAUCAUUGCAACAAUAGCCGGCAUAUUUGCCUCUUUUUACACUAUCCGUCCUUUACUCGCGUGGAUCGUUCAUCACACUUCCAACCACUCGAAAUCGCACAGCGAUGUCUACUUGUGUUUCCCCCUCGUCAGUGCCAUUUUAAGCGGAUUCAUAACGGAUUCGACCGGCAUUCAUCCUAUCGUUGGAGCUUUCGUAUUCGGGCUCAUCAUGCCCGAUGAACUAACGGUCACGUUGAUGGACCGGUUCGAUUACUUCAUCUCUAGGCUUAUGUUGCCGGUCUUCUUUGCGGUUUCCGGUCUCCGAGUCGACAUCUUUAAAAUAACAAAGUGGAGCCUCGUAUUUAUCUUCGUAAUCAUGUUUUCUGCUGCUAAGAUCAUUGUUUUUGUUCUGGUUUCCGUGGUCUCCAACGUUAACACUAGGGAUAGCUUUGCCCUUGGAUUACUUAUGAGCACCAAAGGGACAUGGGCCAUUCUUCUUGUUGCAACUGGCUUGGAGAAAGGGGUUUUGCACGACGGUGAUUAUGCGGUGAUGGUUGUUGCGAUUUUAUUAAUGAACUGCAUUGUUGCGCCCACCAUUGCCACCAUUUACAAGCGGAGCAAUCUGUUCGUCAAGUACAACAGUAGAACUAUACAAGACGCUAAACCGGAAGCCGAGUUUCGAAUCCUCAUAUGCGUCCAUUCGUAUUGCGACGUACCGGGAAUGUUAAAGCUCCUCCAUGUCUCCCAUGAUCCCCGAUACAAUCGUAAGGUGAUUUUCACUCUCCACCUCGUCGAGAUCUCCGACCGGCAGUCGACUAUGCUCAUCGUGCAUAACUCACAUACCACUAACAACCUCCGUGACCACGCAAGCUCCGAAACGGAUCGAACCAUCACCGCCUUUUCCAAAUUCAAAGACAUGAUUCCCAAUGUCCGAAUCCAAUCGCUUACCAUAUCGUCUCCCUUCAUGGCAUUGGAUGGAGAUAUUUGUAGUAUAGCUAAAGACAAGGCCGUGACAUUUAUAAUCUUACCAUUCCAUAAGCGUGCUGGUAGCAUGAACCAAAAAGUGCUUUUCAAUGCUCCGUGUUCGGUUGGAAUCUUCGUCAACCGCGGGCUCGAAGAGGCCAAUGUUACGCAAUCCGACGUAGGGAUACACGAAAUAGCAAUGUUAUUCCUCGGCGGAGCCGACGAUUGCGAGGCCUUAGCUUAUGCUUGGAAGAUGGCAGCGCAUCCAGGAGUGAGCUUAACCGUUAUAAGAUUAAUCGAAACCGACUUCCUCGAUUAUUCCUCAAAAGAAAACGAGCAAGACGACGACUACAUACACGAGUUCCGGUACAAGACGGCCGACGAAGAACUUAUCAUAUACCAAGAGAAGGAAUUACAUAGUGGCGAAGAAUUGAUUGACACAUUGAAAGAUAUAGAGAAUAAAUUCGAGCUAUUCAUUGUGGGGAGACGAGAUGGAUUAGAGUCACCGAUAACAACACAAUUGUUCCAUAUGAUUGAAUGUCCGGACCUCGGCGUCAUCGGGAACUUGUUGGCGAAAUCGGAAUCCUCUUCAAGCUCCGUCCUGGUGGUGCAACAGUUCAGGUAUUUGAGUUCGCAUGGGACACAGAUGUUUCAAAAAAGAACAAGUAGAUUAGAGAGAAGAAAUGUAAAAUAUUGA